UCCCACCAUAGGAUUGCUGACCAUGAGCUAUGAUUGGUGCCCACGUGUUUGCCAUUGCAAGACUGGCCAGUAUAAAACCAAGCAGCCAGCAGGCAGCACGACCUGAGACACCGGGGUGCUUGCCAAACAGUUCCUGUCCUUUAAGUGCCUGGUUUCUUAUUGAAUUUCAAGAUGCAGAAGGUUGUUGAAAAUCCUCAAGGAAUGGGCUAUGCACCUUUCUGGAAGAUGAUUGUCUGGGAGCAGGAGCACUUCCAAGGAAAGUGUCAGGAGUUCACCUCAGAAUGCACAAACAUCAUGAACUGCGGCUUCGAUAACAUCCGCUCACUUCGGGUAGAAAGUGGCGCGUGGGUUGGAUAUGAGCACCAUGAUUUCCAAGGGCAACAGUUUAUCCUGGAAAGGGGAGAGUACCCACACUGGUCUGGCUGGAGUGGCAGCCUGUCCUAUCACGUUGAAAGGUUCAUGUCCUUCAGGCCUGUCUACUGUGCAUCUCACAGAAGUUCUCGGAUGAUGAUCUACGAGAAAGAGAACUUCAUGGGUCGCACGGUUGAGCUUUGUGAUGAUUACCCCUCUCUCCAGGCCAUGGGCUGGAUGAAUAAUGAAGUUGGCUCGAUGCAUGUGCAGUCUGGAGCAUGGGUGUGCUACCAGUACCCUGGAUACCGAGGAUACCAGUACAUUUUGGAGUGUGAGCGACACAGUGGGGACUAUCAGCACUGGAAAAACUGGGGCUCCCAUGCUCAGACACCGCAGAUCCAGUCUGUACGCAGGAUCCAGCACUAGGCUUCCUCUCUCUCACCUUCAUCAUCUUCUCUCAGAUCCUCGGGCAUCCUGAAUCACCAAUGUGAUCCGAGCACCACUCACUGCUCCAAGAUACUGUGGGGGCUAAAGAGCAGGUAGGACAAUUCUGGAUCCUUCAUCUGCCCAACUCCUGCUCAUGGUCACUACAAUGGUGCUACUGUUCUUCAUGCCCUAUUAUCCAUUUCUCAAGGUGAACAGUGCCAAGGAUCAUUAAGCUACUUGGAUGUAAUAGGUCAUUAAUUAAACAAAAUUA